AUGAGAUCUGGACUAAUUAGAAUCGGCCGACAGUUGAGGCAGUUUGAAAACUUUCACGGAGAAAGCUCAAAUUAUCUAGAAUAUCUUUACUACGUCUAUCGCACCAACCCCGAAGACUUACAGCCGUCAUGGCAAAAUUAUUUCUCUCUCCUGGAACAAGGAAAAAAAUAUAUACUUCCACAAAUAGAAAGAAAACUUGGACAUAAAUAUAAUGGAUUUGGUGGAACUUUGAUAGGUAAUCAAGCAACAAGCCAGGCAACUGAACUCUUUAAGAAAGUGUCAAAUGGAGUAGUUGGACUGGAAGCAUUGAAGCUAAAUGAGUUGGCCAGCGCAUAUAGGACAUACGGCCACCUGAUUUCAACACUGGACCCAUUAAAACUGCCCAAAGAAGUUCCUUUCUUUAGAAAUAUAAACGGAAUUUACGACAAGCUUAACGCCGAAAAGUAUUUCAACAAGGAAGAUCUGACUAAGAAAAUCCCAAACCUGGGUCUUGGAGGUGUUUUUAAUAUGACAGGAACAGUAGAAGAAUUGGUCAGCAAGCUUAAGGAUCGCUACUGUGGCAAUAUUUCGUUCGAGUUUGGACAUAUCGCGAAUUCUGACGAAGUUGCAUUCCUGAUCAAUGAGAUUGAAAAUGACGAUUUCCUAAAAUUCAAUAAAGAAGAUCACCUGAAAUGUUUUACAUCUAUUUGCAAGGCGGUCAAAUUUGAGCAGUUUUGCGCCAAGACUUUCCCUACACUAAAGAGGUUUGGCAUGGAUGGGAUCGAGACACUUCUGUUGCUUUUACAGUCAAUUGAGGAAAAUGGAAGAAAUUUCGGAAUAAACUCAAUAAUGAUGACAAUGUCACACCGAGGAAGAUUGAACAUUUUGUGUAACUUUUUGGAUAAACCGUUCCAGGAAUCAUUCGCAGAGUUUCGCGGUGCCAACUGGUUUAUUAAUAGCAGUUUCAGAAGCGGAGAUGUAAAAUAUCAUAACGGAUAUAGAACGACGAAGAACGGAGUAGAAAUACAAAUGAUAUCUAACUCAAGCCAUUUGCAAUUUUCACACCCAGUGCUAACCGGGUUGGUGAAGGCGAAGCAGUAUUACGAGAAUGACAGAAACCAGAGUAAAAUAUUGCCAAUUGCAGUACACGGAAAUUCAGCAAUUUCAGGGCAGGGAAUGCCAUACGAAGUUGUACAAAUGUCAAAAAUCGACGGCUAUGGAAUAGGAGGAACAAUUAAUAUCAUUGUAAAUAACCAAAUCGGAUUCACAGCAAACCAGCUGGAAGCCUCAUCAUCAAGAUACCCUUCAGAUGUGGGAAAGGUAAUUGAUAGCCCAAUAAUACAUGUGAACGCAUAUUCAAUUGAAAGCGUGAUGUUUGCCGGGAAAUUAGCAACUAAGUACCGAUACAAGUUUAAGAACGACGUGUUUAUUAAUUUGGUCGGCUUCAGAAGAUUUGGUCACAAUGAACUGGACAUGCCCAAGUUUACAAACGCAGAAAUGUACUCGAAGGUGGACGAGACGCCCAAUCUUAUGGUGUACUAUAAAAAUUACCUGGAAAACCUGGGAUUCGACAGGGGAGAAUUGGAUGAAAUUGAAAAUAGCACAGGAUCAGACUUUCUAAACUCAUUAAACCUCUCGAAGCAGAUUUCAAGGACAAUUGUGCCAGUCCAGAACGAAAACUGGUUACCGAUAGCAAAUGGUUUCUCAGGCAUGAUUAACACAUACCUAAGAAAGAAUAAAAGCGUUGUUGAGCUGUUGGAUAAAACGAUAGAUAGUGACAUGAAGUUAACAGAUUCUUUGGACGCACCAGUGGAAACUGGUAUAGAUAAAAACCUGCUUUUGGAGUUGGGUACCAAGUGUGUGACGGUCCCCAGUGACAUCAAGAUGCACAACUCAGUGAAGAAGAUUUUCGACGCAAGACUGCAGUGUCUAUCGACAGGCAUGAACUUUGACACCGCAAUGAGUGAGAUUUUGGCCUUUUCAUCACUUGCAAAUGAAGGUUUUCAUGUAAGAUUGUCGGGCCAGGAGUCUAAAAGAGGAACUUUUUCCCACAGGCACUCCCAUGUUCAGUGUCAAACUACGUUUAAAUACCACAACGUGUUUGAAGGCUUUGAUGUGAGUAUCUACAACUCAUAUUUGAGUGAGCUUGCAGCCAUGGGCUUCGAAUACGGUUACAGUUUAUACUCGCCAAAAACCCUAAAUAUAUGGGAAGCACAGUUUGGUGAUUUCGUGAAUGGCGCUCAGGUUAUUGUAGACGCGUUUGUAACCUCUGCAGAAACCAAGUGGAACUACUUCUCAGGCUUGGUGCUGUUCUUACCUCACGGAUAUGAUGGUCAAGGACCAGACCAUUCUUCAUCAAGAGUUGAGAGGUUUUUACAAUUGAGUAACGAUAAUGAGGACCUAGUCGAUAACUUAAAGUACGGAGAUGACUAUGCGAAGCUGGUGAAUAUCUCAGUGGUGAAUUGCAGUGUGGCGAGCAACUUUUUCCACGUUUUAAGAAGACAAAUGCAUAGAAGUUUUAGAAAGCCAAUGAUUUGCAUAACAGGAAAGAAACUACUGAAAUUGAGGUCCUCAUUCAGCACAAUAGAUGAAUACCUGACUGGAACUAAAUUUAGAAGAUACAUACCAGAUAACAAGUUUGCAAGAGAAACCGGAGAAGUGAGUAAGGAAGGUGAAAAGGCUCGUAAUCCAGAUGAAGUCAAGAGAGUAAUAAUGUGUACAGGCCAAAUAUACUAUGACUUAUUGGAGUACAGAGAAGAAAAUGAAGAAUGGAGGAAUGUUCCAAUAUCAAGAAUGGAGGAAAUAACACCGUUUCCAGCACAGCAUGUGCUAGAUGACCUGAAGAGGUUUAAGAACCUAGAAACACUCGUGUGGUGCCAAGAGGAGCAUGAAAACAGCGGUUGCUUCUACUUCUUGAGGGAAAGGCUAAAUAACGUGUUAAAGAUGCUGAAAAGUGAAGGCCACUGUCCCAAGGUUAGUACUUCAGUGAAGUACUCCGGAAGGUACCCGUGUGCAACCACAGCAGUGGGAGACCCGAAGAUGCACGAACACGAAACUGUACUAGUAAAACAGGCCUUUACUGUUUAA